CAUGUAGAAAGUGGGUGGAGGGGCCUUGAGAACUCAGACAGCUGCAGCAUCCAUAAGCUGCUCCGCUGGAGGUGUGCUGUCCUUGCUGUCAGCCAUCCCUAUCUAGCAGAGGAGAGCUUAGUCUGGGUGGCUUGGUCUGGGUGACUGAGCCUGGGCUCCACACCUCACCCCUGGAUGCCCAGCCCCUGAAAGAGAAGCUGAGAGCUGCUUGACACCCAACCCACCUCCUGGCCCCACUCUUUUCCUCUUUGGAGGAUCUCCUGCAUAGCCAUCAGAGCUCAGCCCAGCAGGACCCUCUGGUCAGGGCUAUGGCCUCCAUUCUGCUAAGACAGGGCUGGGGUCUCCUCAUUAGUAGUGAGUGAAUAUUUCUGAGGAAUGGAGGUGCCAGCCAGGAAUCAGUCCCUAGAGUGGGAACCCUGAAGUCACAUUUGUAACCUGGAUGAGCCAUGCACAUCGAGGGGCACAGAACAUGGAGCUAGGCCCCCGGCAGCAGCAAGACGCUGGCUAUUCCACCUGCCCACGAGAACAGCCGCCACCAGUACCCAGGGGAUGACUAGCGGCCGGACCACAGGCCACAAAAAGAAGAAGGCUACCUCACUUACAGAUGCAGACCAUGUGGGGCUCCGGAGAACUGCUUGUAGCAUGGUUUCUAGUGUUGGCAGCAGAUGGUACUACUGAGCAUGUCUACAGACCCAGCCGUAGAGUGUGUACUGUGGGGGUUUCCGGAGGUUCCAUCUCGGAGACCUUUGUGCAGCGUGUAUACCAGCCUUACCUCACCACUUGCGACGGACACAGAGCCUGCAGCACCUACCGAACCAUCUACCGGACUGCCUAUCGCCGUAGCCCUGGGGUGACUCCUGCAAGGCCUCGCUAUGCCUGCUGCCCUGGUUGGAAGAGGACCAGCGGGCUCCCUGGGGCUUGUGGAGCAGCAAUAUGCCAGCCUCCAUGUGGGAAUGGAGGGAGUUGCAUCCGCCCAGGCCACUGCCGCUGCCCUGUGGGAUGGCAGGGAAAUACUUGCCAGACAGAUGUUGAUGAAUGCAGUACAGGAGAGGCCAGUUGUCCCCAGCGCUGUGUCAAUACUGUGGGAAGUUACUGGUGCCAGGGAUGGGAGGGACAAAGCCCAUCUGCAGAUGGGACGCACUGCCUGUCUAAGGAGGGGCCCUCCCCGGUGGCCCCAAACCCCACAGCAGGAGUGGACAGCAUGGCGAGAGAGGAGGUGUACAGGCUGCAGGCUCGGGUUGAUGUGCUAGAACAGAAACUGCAGUUGGUGCUGGCCCCACUGCACAGCCUGGCCUCUCGGUCCACAGAGCAUGGGCUACAAGAUCCUGGCAGCCUGUUGGCCCAUUCCUUCCAGCAGCUGGACCGAAUUGAUUCACUGAGUGAGCAGGUGUCCUUCUUGGAGGAACAUCUGGGGUCCUGCUCCUGCAAAAAAGAUCUGUGAUAACCUCUCACCACCCAGGCUGGAUCGAGCAGUCAUCCUAGAUCCCUUGUAGCCAGAGUUCAGGCACUGUCUGUCUGGUGGUGCCUAUGCCUCAUUGUCCCUUUCUUAGGAGGUUCCUAGGACUUGGGCAUGGGGAGUGGGGUCUUGUGUGACUCUUCAGUGGGGCUCCCUGUCUAAGUGGCAAGGUGGGGAUUGUCUCCAUCUUUGUCAUAAUAAAGCUGAGACUUGA